UCAAUUCGCCUCUCUCUAGCUUAUUCCUUUUCCACUAUCCUCUCUCUCUCUCUCUCUCUCUAACUGUGCAAUGACGAGACAAAGCUUUCAAGCCCUUCUAAAAGUUCAAAAACUACGCGUCCUUUCCGACUCGCAACGAACACCAAAACCCUAGCUUCCCUUUCUCCGUCCCUCUCUCUCUCUCUUCGUCGGAAUUCAGCUAGAUUCCCACCGGGAAUCUGAAUUCCGAGCACUCCGCAACAGAUCCUUGUCGCAAUUAUGGACGACGGGGACAAAUCCGAUCCAGGAACCGAGUUCACCAGCGACUCGAGCUGGCCGCUCGGGCCGGACUCGGACAGCGUCUACCUCUUCUCCAACGAGAGAGAGAGCAGCAUACUAAGCGAGUUCGGGUGGAAUCUUCAGCCGGAGGAUCCGAACCGGAUCGGCUUCGACGAUGCCUCCGAUUUGGCGGGAAGCUUCGGCCUGCCGGACAACAACACUAGCAACAGCAACAGCGCCUUACAGGGCUCCGACCCGGCGGCUCCGGUCGGUUCGGACAGCAAGGUCGGCGACGCUACGACUUCGAAUAAUCAGUCGGUGUCUUCGAGUCCCAGCGAAGAUCCGCCGGAGAGGUCCACGGGCUCCGGCGGAAAAACGCCCGAGAUACCGAAUAAAGUUAGAAAGAAGGGGCAAAAGCGAAUCCGGCAGCCACGUUUUGCAUUUAUGACGAAGAGUGAGGUUGAUCAUCUUGAAGAUGGCUACCGAUGGCGCAAAUACGGACAGAAGGCCGUAAAAAAUAGCCCAUUUCCUAGGAGUUACUACCGCUGCACAAAUAGCAGAUGCACCGUAAAGAAAAGGGUGGAGCGUUCUUCCGAAGAUCCCACUAUUGUUAUAACAACAUACGAAGGUCAACACUGUCAUCACACGGUUGGGUUCCCUCGAGGUGGAGUCAUUAGUCAUGAAACCUUUGCUGGGCAGUUGCAUCCCCCGGUCUCACAAUUUUAUUAUCCAACAGGCGCUCCUUUACCUCAAGAAAAUCCUUUUAUUAUGACACAGUCGUCGCAGCAAAUACCAGGUGAAGCUGGUGAUCAUCAAUCCCGUGCAAUGCCAGAACCAAGUCCACAGUUUCCUACUAAUAAUGAAGGACUUCUUGGGGACAUCGUGCCUCCUAACAUGCGUAACCGAUGAGAAGGACAUGCAGUAGCUGGAAUAGAGCGCACAUGCACAUUCAUUUUCUCAAGAUUGUAACAGCAAAAGGCAAUUUUCAAAGCCGGUAGUGAGUCUUUUCACCCCCCCCCCCAAACCUUUUUUUUCUGACAUAUAUUAGGUGUCAGCAUCUCAUCAUAUUCAUGCGCGUACUGUACGUACCAGGUAUAUAUUGAUCAUUCAUUCAUAGGUCCACGCUCACAUCCAGCUCGAGAUAUAUUUCAGACAAUCGUUUUGAAGAUGAUGUUAAUAUGUAUAUAAAUAUAUUCGACAGCUUCAAUCUUAGAGUUAGGGAUUGAUGUCAACCUUAAAACCAUCUUCGUCCACAUCUCUUGGUGAAAGUGAAGUGGUGGGCCCUGGGCCAUGUGGGGAAGGGUUUUCUUUUAUUUUCUUUUCUUGAGCAGCUAGCAAGCUAGGGGGGGUUUGAGAAAGAGAGAGAGAGAGAGAGAUUUUGUGGUCUCUCUUUUGCGUGUUCUUCAUGGCUCGUACGUGACCCUGAAAUAGAAAAGAAAAGGCACCGUGAAUUGGACCAGUAGUUGGCUCAGUUGCGUGAAUUUUGAUGUCACUUCAGAGUUAGCCGACAUUACCUUUCUCACCUUUAUUAAUUAUUUAUAUAUUUUCUGGCGGGGUAAGUUAGGGUUUACCAUGAUGCCGGGGGUGGCUUUACCGGAGCUUUUUUGUCUUUUAUUAAAAUCCUGAGCAGACAAAGUCUAGUCAGUAGUCACCGUAAACCGUUGGCUUUUUUUUAAUGAUUUACAACGAACCCUAGCCUUUAUAUAUUAUAUGUUUCAUGCGCUCUCUCAUGCAUAUACAUUAUAGUACAAUUAAUGUAAAAAGUUUUGCGUAUUCUGUUAUAGUAUACUUCUGUAAUUUUGCUUUUUUUCUCAUUAAUUAGGAUGAAUAUCUAUUUAUA